AUGAAGCCUCUGUGUCUUUUGGGCUUUGCACUGAGCGCGCUGGCCAUACAACUUGGCUCCGAGAAUUCCAUCCAGAGCAUAUCCCUCUCACAAGCCGAAAAGGUGCAAUUCGACAAUGAAGCUGCACUCGCCUCCGCGAGUCCUAUUACGCGAGAACUUCUUGGACUGUCAAUCGAAUUCAACUUCAUUGUCGACUACUUAGGUGACGUUGGAAAGCCAAACCCGCUUUCCCAUCGACUACUACAGAACAUCGAAGACCGCACUGGAGCCUCGCCUCAUAUCCGUGUUGGUGGAGCCACCCAAGACGUGGCAAGGUACUGUGAGAUAUGCUCUGAGACAAUGAGCAGUACCUUCGCGGAUGAUGACAUACAUGCUGUUAACGUAUCAUUCAACGCUGGACUAUUUCAAGUCCUGAAUGAGAACGCCCCAAGCUCUCAAAAGUACACGUUUGGUCUUAACCUGGGUGACGAGAACAUCAAGGUUCCCAUGGCCGAGCUGGCAGCUGCCCAGAGCUACCUCAACUUGAGUCGACUUACCCACUAUGAGCUUGGAAAUGAACCGGACUACUAUUACACCAAGCUCGGAAAUCGAGGCAAGAGUUGGGACGUGGUUGCAUAUGUGAAGCAGUCGCUUUCUUACCUGAGAAAGCUAGUCGCAUCUGUUGCACAGACUUCGCGACCAGAAGCUCUGCCAAGGUUCUUAUACGGCUCAAUGGCCAACCAUCCUGCCUCCCAAGACUUUUCGCUUAGCACAUUGGCAAAGCUUGGUGUCAAGGAUAUUGUGCCGGAGAUUGCAGCAUUCAGCGAGCAUAAAUAUUUCGGGGAAGCUUGUACCGAUGAGGGAAAGGCUGAAAUUACAAUCCCAUUUUACCUGAAUCACCUUAACACGCUCGCCGGUGUCGCCCAAUAUCUCCCCAGCAUUGAGGCCUCUCGUAGCGUCGGGGCGCAGUUCAUUAUGGGAGAAACAAACAGCGCAGCUUGCCAUGGCCUGUCAGGUGUAUCUGACACCUUAGCAGCGGCACUGUGGAUGAUUGAUUACGCUCUUACUAGCGCAACGCUUGGCAUCGAGCAGCUGUAUUUCCAUAACGGCGUUGGCUAUCCGUAUAGUGCGUGGCAACCCGUUCAUCAGAAUGGGACUAAGGCACAUGUUCAAGCCCUAUACUAUGGCUUUCUGUUCUAUGCCGACCUAAUCGGAGACUUCAAAGACGGGGCUCGGACCGCAUCAAUUCCAUCCCUCAAUGGUGUUGGUCUCGCCCAUUAUGCCAUUUACGAGCCAGGCCAAACUGUGCCGAAGAAGCUGGUUAUUCUGAACUUAGAUGAAGUUAAUCAAAACACGACACGGAAACAGAAGGCUUUUGAUGUGUCCUCAGCUCUCGGACAAGAUGUCCGUGUGGCUCGAUUGACAGGGCCGUCAUCCAACGCUACUAGUGGGAUUCAUUGGGCUGGUCAGACAGUAGAUGGGCUUGGGAAUCUGAUUGGAAAGAGAAUGGUCGAAAGCAUCUUCAAUUCUACUGUAUCUGUUGGGUCUUCUGAGGCAGUGAUUAUUGAGCGAGCAUGA